UCUGACAUUUAAACAAAUAUUGUUAAACAACAUUGACACCAAAACAUUAUUUUGCCAACAUUGCAGACAAUUAUUUGUAUUUGUGCUUUAAUUAAUGUAAACCUGAGUGAAAGUACUCUAGAAAUAUUUAAUCAAAUGUAAUGACUACCUCUAGGGUAAUACGUGGCACUAGGGCCAAAGUAUUCUUGUACGUUUGUGCUAUUUUGAUUAUAGUAGGAAUAAUAGCAUGUUAUAAUAAUACCCUUUCUCAAUUAGAGGAAGUUAAAAAAUCUAACGACAUAUGCCACCAACAAGAAGAGAAUUUAUCCACACAGUUGCAAGUGAUAUCUGACUAUAAACAAAGAUUAGAAAAGAGUUUAAAGACAGAACAAUUUGAUCAUCAACAGAUAAAAGCUAAUCUAGAUAAUCAGUUGAAAGAAGAGAGAAGCAAAUAUGAAAAAGAUUCCAGCGACAUGAAGUUAAAAUUGGGGUCUUUGCAGCAACAUUUCAAUUUAUUGCAGACCCAAUAUGAUGAUUAUAAAGAAGAAACUAGUAAAACCCAGAAACAAGAACAAGAAGAGAUCAAUAAUUUGGAAGCCAGAAUUAGUGAACUGCUUGAAGAGCAAAAGAAAAUUAAAUCUUCAAAAGAUAAUCUCAAGGCUCAAUGUGAGGUGAUAGAACGUGAUAAAGAACAUUUGGAGCUGCAAAUGCAAGAGCAUCUAAAUAAAAAAGAUGAUGAAAAAAUAGGCCAAUUGAAGAAAGAAAAUGAGGAACUCAAAUCAGAAAUAUCACGUUUAAAGGCAAAAUGUGGUCCUGAAGACACUCUCCUGGAACCAAAAGAAUCUCAGAAUCAGAAUCCAUUAAACAAGGACAAUAAUCAAAACAAUGAUAAACAAGACCUCCCUGUUUUACCGGAACCAAACCAAGAGCCGUUCAAAAUUCCCUCCUCAAGUAGUACCUCCUCGAAUAAGGUUGGCCCCAAACCCUCCCAAGCCAGCUUGGGAGUGGCCAAACCGAUAUAUAGACCCACAGCUACCCCCGAAACUGUGCCAAAAGAUAAUAAUAAGUUACCAGACGGAGUCGUCGCCAUCCCUGCAAAGAAAGAAGAAGAAUUCGUAAAUGCUCGGUAUCAGAAUGCCAAAGAGAGCGCUCAGAAUGAGCAGAACCUAGCUCAGAAAGAACAGAACCAAGCUCAAAAACCUAAAGAAGCCAAAAACGAUUCUGAAAAAGAAAACGGAGCGCACGAACAAUUCGACGAUCCUUUAUUUCACGAUGGGUUACAAUUCAACGAUAACGAUCAAAUGAAGCAGGGCGAAAAACCGAAUUUAGACAAAAGACACAUCGACACUAUGGGGAAAGACAAAAAAAUAUACGAUCAGGAUCAGGGGGAAUACAAGGAAAUGAAUGAUGUUCAGCUUGAAGAGAAUGAUGACGACGAUGCAGAUGGAUACGACGACCAUUUAGCCAGGCAAAAGGAGCCCGCCGUUAGGAACUGACUAAUUUAGUUAGUUUUUCAGCAAUUCGAACAAUUUUUAUCGUUAUUUGUGUCAUAUCAUUAAGAAUGUUUCUAUUUGUGCAAUAACUUACUGUGAGUUAGUUCUUGCCAUUUGUUUACAAAAAAAAAAGAACAAAAUUUUGUAUAUACUAGUUAUGAAAAUAUGUUUAAAAAAAUUGUAGCAAUUUGUAUUUUGGUAGAAAUUUAUUUUCUAAAGACUUUUUUUACCAUAUUUCGAUUGGCUGUACUUAAACAUUUCUCGAAUGUUAUUUAAAACAGAUUUUGCUCAUUAAUAUACACUCGUGGGUAAAAUUUUACAAUUUCCAUAUUUUUCCUGUUUCUUCAUUGUUUUUAUGAUAUUUUAGGCGUUCCGAAUCUUAUUCUGGUUCUUUUUUAUCUACUUUUACCAUUCCAUCUUGUAUUAGAAUCUGUAUUGUGACAAAUACUUAAACAUACCUAUUUUUACUGGACUACAAAGAAUAUUCUAUAAUUUCAUCCACGAGUGUAGAUGAUUUUCGAUCAGAGGCCACAGUUGGCUCCCUGCGGAACAUCUAUUUUUAC